AUGGAGCAGCCAUGGCGAUUCCACCCCGGCCAAGGUAGUGCCCAUCUCGCGGUCCGCCCUCCGCAGUUCCCCUUCCAUGGCGGUGGUUUCCCUCCCGACGAACCCGGCCGCUACCCCGCGGAGGCGUCUCCGUUCUACCGGCCAGUACACGGCGUCCCGCCGUUCGCCGAGCACCCUCGCAUGGUUUCACCGCUGUUGCCGCACCAGCAGCAUGCGAUGGCGCCGAGGAGCUUGGAUUCUUGGAACGGGUACUCCCUCCCCCAGAGGGAGCAGUUCCGACACCCGUUCCCCCCCCCGGGGCGGAACUUUGCGGAGGAGGUAUUGUACAGGCAGAAUUUUCCGAAGAGGAUGAGAGUCGGGGACGAGGUUCCGGGUUACUCUGGCAGUCAUCAGCAGCCAGACAGCUCAGACUAUUUGACGACGAGGAUGUCGUCAGAGGAUGAGCGUAGGCUGAUUUUGAUCAGGGAUCAUGGGAGAACGCAGCUGAACAUCUCCUUUGACGGGGAACCGCGGCCUGACGGGGAGUACUUCCCCGGAUUGAGGCAUCCUCAGGAACGUCCGCCUUGGAUUGGAAUUGACCAUGGUCUCCAUGGUCCAGAGUCAGAAAAGAUCGGGCACAAUGGCCCAGUUACAAACAAUCCCCAGUUCUUUAGCCAGAAUAGCCAUGCCCCGCGGGAAAGUUCGUAUGAAGCGUAUCAGGAUCCCACGCGAACCGCAAAUUUUCGAGGCUCUGACAGGUUUAUUCGCUCCGAAGUGAACGAAAUGGAGAGAAGAGAUCGGGACGGCAGCAAUAUUGUUCGCCUAAGCUCAUCCCAUGGAGACAUCAGUCAGUUGCAGUAUGGUCAAUCUGAUGCAUCAUCACGUCCGUCGAGGAGUUACGGAUACAAUGAAAAUUUGGAGGAAAAUCCGGAUAGAUACAUGGUUCAUCGCAACCAAGAAACAAGUUCCAGAUACAGGCACUCCUCCAGCGAAGAUUCUGCAGUCAACUCACAACAAUACAUGGCUCAGUCUCCAUUAUUUAUUACUUCUGAAGGUUCUCGGGGAAGGCUUGAUCGUCCCCAGGAGGUUCAGCAAGUUGGGAUUAGUGAACCUCAGUAUCCUCAAGCUAAUGGCUAUCAAGUUCCCUAUGUAUCAAAUUCGGGACGAUAUAAUCAUGUAGAGCAUGAUGUUCACAAACACGCGGAAAGGAAGUAUGAUGCUCACGUCUAUGAACAUCAGAAUGCCCCGCAUUUUGAGCAUAGGCCCGCAUUUCAUGAUGGCAGUUUGAGGCCAUUAGAGCUUAAUACUCAUCGCUUGGCAAGCCAAUCUGUUGUGCCAAUUAAUCAGAUGCAUCAGUUGUCCAUGCAAUAUGGUAGUAACAUUAUUGCACCACCUGGAGGUCGUGGGCAAUCAUCUCAGACCUUACCACCUCAACCACCACCACUGCCGCCCCCACAACACAUUCCAAGCCCACCUCCUGAGCCGCCUUCUUUGCUCUUCCAAGUUCCUUCUUCGUUACCCAUGCGUCCUGCCGCCGCCCAUUCUGUCUCCGUUCCGCCCUCUGUUGGUGUUUCAAGUUCCCAUGCUUCUCGAGGUCGCUCAGAAGCCCCUGCUAGUUUAGAGCCCUACCUCUCUAAUGGGCAAAGUGAGAAUCCUUCGACUGGCUUUGCUUCUGAGGUACGAAUACGCUGUGACCUCCUUUGCUUUACAAUUCGUUUUACAUCUAUGUGUAGUUACUAUUAUUUUAUUGCAUCUUUGAUCUCGUAGAUCACCGAUUUUUUUAUGAUCUCCCUCCCUGUUGUUUAGGCAGAAAAGUCGAGUCUUCUCUCUUGAAGUUUCAAAAUGAGUAGGCAGAAAAGUCGAGUCUUCUCCCUGCAACAAUGUAGUCAGAAAUGACUGACUUUAAUUUAGCAUACUUGGGUUUGGUAUUUAUAAAGCUGCCUUCCAUUACCUGCGGUAAUUUUUCCCAUUGUUGACUUGGAACUAGGAAUUUGACAGCAAUAUUCGAACCUAACUCUCCACUGAUAUCGUAUCAUUUCUUCUUCCUAUUGAAAUAUUUUAUGAAUGCGUUUCUCAAGAAUAAAGUCUAUUCAUGUGUUUUCCUAAAGGGAAUUUGACGAAAGUGUUUCUUUGGAGGUGGUUCUCAUUGAGCUAAAGAAAGUUAAUGGGAGAUAACUUACUACAUCCCAUUUGCAUUUCAGAAUAGUAAGAAAAUUCUUGAGAAAGUAUAUAAGUGAAUCUAAUCAGGAAAUCUGAACAGUGAUGAAAAAGUACUUGUACAUUCCAGUUAAAAGGUCUCUCCAACUUUUUAAAUGGUGUCCACAAUGCCAUCCUCAUCAUAGCACCUGAUACUAUCCCACCGAAUCUCUCACCAGUUGGGCAAAUCUAGGAUGGAUAAGGAUCAGAUCCUGUAUCACUUUCUGCUUGUGCACUUAACUAAAUGGUUUAUUGUGUUGCAUGAACUAUAAUCGUCCAACAAUUAUCCUGAAAUUUCCUUCGGAAUAUUCAAUUAAAAGGCGUAGACAGUUGUAAAAACUGUUGCCGUCUGACAAUCAGUUAGGAAUAUGUUUUCCUUUUCAAAUUCUUACCUUCUAUACUUAAGGUUUUUCCUUUUUCAUUUUGCACCAUCGGAUCACUAAGAAUGGUUUUCAGCCCUGCUUGACGGGUGGGUCCUGUAGUCAAACUCGUUUCUGCCUUUUUACUCCAGGGUCACUGCCCAUCUGGCCUAAGGAUCCUUUGCACUCCCCCCCCAUGAUUUCAUGAUAUAUUAUAAUUUGAGGUCAACAUACAGAACAAACCUUUGCACCAUGUUUUGCCUUAAAAAUGAGGGGUUUUCAAUGGUGGACCUCAAUUCAGAUUCAAUUGGAUCUUUGUGGCCCAAGCUGAAACCCUAAACUACUUUUCAAGGUUUAAUUGAAAACAGAAAGCCCAUCAUUGAAGUUACUGAUUACUGGGCCUAUGCUAUCAAUUUACUUUAAAUGUACCUAAUUGGGUCUGGAAACCCGAGUUAAUAAAACUUUACUUUCGGUUGUCUUUACAAAUGUGCCUCAAAGUCAGGACAGCCUUCCUGAUUUUCGUUCAAUCCAUGUACGUUGAGUUGGAUUGAGCCUCAUUUGGUGGGGACGAAACAUUCCGUUCGUUUUUAUGGUAUAUAAUGGUGUCGAUUGUUUUUAGUGGUAGUUGCUACCUUUUUGCAACCUACAAUAUCAUGGAUAACAUCGGCAUCCGCGUCAAUUUUUUUGGCAGCUACAGAUGAAUCACAUUUGAGGUUAAUGAAUGCUUUAAAAUGCAUAAGGUAUGUGUGGACAGAUUCUGUGUCAUACUUUAAUAUCGGUCAUUCUCCCUUUAGUAAAAUAGAUCCUGUAUUCAGUAUUAGCAAUCCCUGGUUUCCUUGAUAGAUUAUUUUAAAAUUUUGUUUGGAGCUUUUAGAUCUUCAUAAUAAAUAGGAGCAUGAGGAUUGGUUUUCCAUAUUUUUAGGUUUUCAUUCCUACAGAAAAAUGGUCCAACAAGCUGAGAAAAAAUUCCAAUUUAAAUGACAUCAUAAUAUUAUCCAUUGCCUUUUUUUAUUCUUCGGAACUUCUGCAGAUGUUGAGUUCUUCUCAUGUUGAUAUGUUGGUCAAAGUAUCUCUGCUGAAAGUAUUUGAGGUUGCCAUUAAUUUUACUUUAAUGGUUGCAUUUUCUUUGUGCAUUGAAAUUUUUCUUGUUGACGUAGGCGUCGUUUCAGUUUUCAAGGUUCAUUCUGCUAGAAUAGGUACUUUUCAUUGCUAUACACAUUGAUCUACAUAGUGUUUGAAAUCAAAGUUAAAAAUAUUACCCUCACGUGCUAACUUUAGCUCAUGUUAUGCCAUCAGUAAUUGUCUUUAAUGUCAAUCUAAUAUGUCACUUUGCAGAGAGGACCGUUCCUCCCACAAGCACUGUCACAGCAGCAUCUUCAGGGGAGUGAAGCAUUUCCACCUAAGCAUGCCUUGAAGGAUAAAAGAACUGUCAUUGAUGCUUCCCAGAUCUUUUGCAAACCGCAUCGAGCAUCUCGUCCUGAUCAUAUUGUAGUCAUCCUUCGUGGUCUUCCAGGUAGUUUUUCCCAUAAGUGUUAUUCAGUUCUGAUGUUGUCUUUGAACUACAGAAUCGUCUUCACCCCACGAGCUUCUAUAGUCCAGAAUUUGGUUAUAUUGAUCAUUCUUUCUAGUUUAUGGUUCACAGGACCAUGGAAAAGAAAUCAUCUAGAGAAUCCAUGAAUUAUUUGUGAAUCAUAUAUGUAGAUAUUUGCGAAAUUGAGGUGCCAAUCUAUUAAUGCGUUUGGAUAUCUUUUGGUAUUAAGGUGAUGGUUUUAGUGACAAUAUUCAUAAUAUGGUGGGUUUUGCACUUCUCUAUUUAAUAAUGAUUUUGAUAUGUCAAUUUCUUUGAAAGUGGAUGACAGUUAUGUUCGUUGUACCUCAAUAACAAAGAAACGAGCAGAAAGAGAUAUAGUUAUGUGGAUAAUUAUAUCUCCAAAACCCCUUUAAACCAGCAAUGAUCUACACCAAAGUGGUGUAGACCACAAUUGAAACAUAUAUUGGCCAAGAUGGUACAGACAGCUCCUUAAAAUGGCUGUUAUCACGACAGAUUUUCUUGGGUGUCAUAUGCUUUGGAGGCAAAACUCCCCGGAAUGUCAAAGUCGAUAUAUGUGUAAUUUUAAUCCCGAAGCUGGCACGAUUUUCUGGAUUCUUUUGAGGAACACAUUUCUUUCAGUAAGAUUGUGUUGCAUGUACAUAAGAGGCCAUAAAUGAGGUUGGCAUUACAUGUUCAGUGGUCGACACAAAUUUGGCAAAUUUGAAGAUAGCGAAGAUACCUAUUUGGGACAAAAUUAGAAUAUCCUACGACCGUGUUUUAUUUUGGUAAAAGGUGGUACUUUCACCUCAGAUAGUGCAUAAGGUGCACCAAUAUAUGCUAAUGAAAACAAAACGUGAUUAAUGUGCUACAUCAUAUUUUGCUUAUAGAAGACAUAGGUACCAAAUCUUAGAUUCAUCCAGGAUAGUGUUCUGGCUGGGUUCUUGACAGGGAGUCAAGGCGUUGAGUGGCGAUGGUCUUCAUGAUGGAGGUGUGGAAGACUAUUCCAUGAGUAUCAUGUAUCCUAAUUUGUGCUUGUACCUCUAUGGAGGCGGAAAAGUAUUUAUCUUUAUUCUGAAAAUUUGGCACUAGUCCGACUGUUUUUAAUCGGUACAAGAUAGAUUCAAAUCUUGACCUUUUUGGCAGAAAAUGCGUCUUAGGAAUGACAGCUGCCGAAUUCCUUUGUCUCUGGAACUUGUAAGAUGUUUCAUUCCCUUUCAACUGUGACAAGAGGGAGGAUUGAUGACAAUUAUGAAAUCUAUGGGAUUCCCGUUGCAGAGAUUCGCACUGGGACAUUCUCUUGCCUAGGAUCUUGAAGAUGCUGAUUUUGGACCCUGUACUCGAAUGCCUAUUUGUGCCGAUGCAGGAGCAGGAUAGUAACUGUAGGUCAAUCCUGCAAACAAAGAUUGAUUAAGGGUUAUUGAGUUUCUGUUCAUGCUAGGUGGGAGUGUUCUUACAUCCCUCCACUAUAUCCAGAUCAGCUCUUGGAUGGUGCUUGGGCCAUUGGCCAUAUCCCUUGGCAGCCAGUGCUCUAACUGUCGUCUAUUGUCUCUUGCCCAUCACUGGACCUUAAUAAGUUGCUCUGGUGAUACCGGCUAUGUUCUCCUUAUAGAAAGAAAAGUCCUCCACCACUAUCUUCAUCUGAUGAUGCCAGCAAUCAUCAACCCCAUGGUUUUCUCUUUGGGUAGUGGUCAGUACUUCCAAAGUUUUGUCCUCAUGGGGGUUGUGUCACAGGCAUCACAGACCUUAGGUUUGCCUAAUGGUUUCUUCCCUCUGUGGACUUGAAAGGAACGAAAUGGGAACGGAACAGUGGGAAAUGGAUUAUUUCCGUACUAUGGUCUUCACAGACUCUCUGUACUAGUGGUCAUUUUCCUCAGGGGCCUUGGAGAAUGUCCACUACUGCUGUGGAUGCACACGUCUUCAAGAACCAAAAUAAAUAAAGGGUGCUCUAUGGAAUUCGCAAAUCCUUCGCAGAAAUGAUCCUUUUUUCCCUUGCUAUCUUUAAAAUGCAUAUUAUUUGUAUUCAUGUCCGCUAGGUAUUUCUGUAACGUCUCAUCCAUUGCCUGUCAUAUAUUCUUUGUUGGGCAGCUUAAAUUUUUCACUUUUGGUAGUUUUAAGCUUGUUGCUUGCACUCCUGCUAAAUUUAUUUAAUUUUGAGGGAAUAAUUGCUUCAUGUCAUAUCCUAGGAAGCGGAAAGAGUUACUUGGCGAAAGCACUUCGUGAUCUGGAAGUUGAUAGUGGUGGUAGUGCACCACGUAUUCAUUGUAUGGAUGAUUACUUUAUGUCUGAAGUUGAAACGGUGAGCUGCUUAAGGCAUAGCUAAAGUAUUCUUAAUUGUAGACUUACGUUUUUCUUGUUGCUUUAUCCUUUAUUAUUCUGCACUACUUUUUUGCUGAGGUUAUCAGUUAUGUACAUAUAUUUCUUGAAGGUUGAAGAUGGUGAUGUGUCCAAGUCCUCUGGGUCAGUCAAGGGGAAGAAGCAAGUCUCUAGGAAGUUUGAAUACUGCUAUGAGCCUGAAAUGGAGGAGGUGAUGCUGCAUAUAUUGAUCGCUUUAAUUCCUCUUUUUUAAUUUUUCUUAACCUGUUUGCGCUUUGCACGUUUAUUUAUGUACAUAACCAACAACCCUGGCAUAGUAUUGAUCCUAUGAAGGAUUGUUUCUUUUAUAAGGAUUAAUCAAUGUACUUCCAAAAAACUAUCAUUUAUCGAUUUUCAAUAUGUUAUGGGGGGAUGUCCAUGGACAAUGGAAUAGAUACAAAAGGAUCUUUGUUUGGGUUGCUAACUGCCUUUGCUUGGCCAAAGUUGGCCCAGUCGGGGCGGAUCUUUCCAAGCUUGAAGAACAAAAAUGAAUCCAAAAAGAAAUUGGACAUGGCACAGUCUAAUCGUGUCUGGGUCUGUCCGAGAAGAUAGAAUCCCACCCAAAAUUACCACAUAACUCCCCCACCUCAUCGUAAGUAUGCAUGCCUUUUGACGUGUCUUAAAGAAGAGAUUCCGUGUACUUUGUUAAGGCAGGUAUGGACAGGUCUGUGCGUCAGAAAAUUAAUGAGCCCAGCCGAGAGCCUUUUUCCUGGGAUUUUCUCCAGCCUUGGCCUUGUAAGACUUGUCAAUGGUGUCUAUAAUUUCCUCUCCUUAACACUCUGUUUGCCAGUUGGAACUAUAUCUCUUAGGGGAGUCGGGAAAAUCAUUUCUGAAUGGAACAUAAAUCAAGAAAGCCGUCAAGUUCGUGGAUCGCAUCUAUUGUUCAAGUAUGAAUGGUAUAUUGGUUGUUGGGUGUGGAUUUUUUUCAAUUGGGGUCGCACAUUGCAGUAUGCUAGUAUUUAGUACGUUCAAGGGACUUCUGAGCUGUUUUCUGGGAAUGGAUUUGACGGAUAUUAUGGAGGGAUCACUUACGGCUUCUUGUGAUUUCCUACGUAGUUAACCAUUUCUUGAAUAUGUCGGAUGCCUGCAUUGAAAUGGUAAUGGCUGAGGUACCCUUUAAUGUCUGUUCUUUGUAUUUUACUGUCGUCCCAAUGCUCGAACAUGUAACUGAGCCCCGUUUGAUUUAAAAUUACUCAGAUGCAAGUGGCAGUUCAUUGCGAAUGACCAUUUUCCAAACUUUGAGGAUAAAUCUCUGUUAAUUAUCUUGGUUUUUAUUUCCUUUUUUUUCCGAUUUUUGAUUUGAAUGCUGCUUCAAAUCUUGAGUCAAUUACACUUUUUUGUCAGGCGUAUAGGUCCAGCAUGCUAAAAGCAUUCAAGAAGACAGUUGAGGACAGGAUUUUCACCUUUGCAAUUGGUAAAUAUAGUAUAGUCUAUUUAGUUCAGAUUUUGAAAAGUGGAGGAUAACCUGAAACGUUUUGUGAAAUUUCACCUUUAUGAAUGCUAUUUUUAAUUUUUUUUCGUUACUUUGACUACUUUUUGUCUAUCAUUUAUUGAACCUUACAUGGUUAUAGAUUAUGAUUUCUUUAGGAUGGGACGGAUCAUGUGUUAGAACUAUAUUCUAAGAAUCGUUGACUGUGGAGAUUAUAUCAUCACUUUUAGAACAUAGAAAAUAUUAUUUUCUCUCUGUUGUCCACCUUCUGUUUUCUACUCCUAAAUUUAAGUUGUUUUGAAUGCGUGUCUAGAAUGAAUGUGUAUGGAAGCUUUCCUCAUUGAUGCAUGCCUCUUGGUUGAAUGACAUUUGUGGUCAACAAGUGAAUGUUUUAGUAUAGUUUUUGGAUGAAUCAACGAAGUGCAGUGCCUAUGCAGCGUUCACUGCCUUCGAUAUCACUAACUACUGGUGCAGCAUUGUUCGGCAACUGACUCUUUGUUGCUGGUAUGUGACUCAUUUUAGUGGAUGACCGCAAUCUGCGGGUAGCUGAUUUUGCUCAAUUUUGGGCAAUUGGAAAGGUAUACCUUCAUUCUCUCAAACAUCUUCCUUGAAUAUUUUUAUAGGCUGUAAUUCAGUACAUUUUUUUUUUCAAUUUCUUAAGUGGAGGGUAUUAUAUCAAUAGAAAAUGACUAAACAACUUUUUCAGCCUAAGCAUAUGAAGAAAGUCAAUGCAAUAAAAAAGCCUCCUACAAUCUGAUGUCUUUGUUUACUUAUCAGAAAAAAUGAAAAGGGUCAGGAAAGUUAUCGAGGGCAUAUGAUUUUCUUGUGCCGAGCUGCGAGUGGGACAUUCCUUGGAAUACUAUUUAUUCAAAGGGGAACAUGAAUUUUCUUCCCUUACUCUUGGAUUGCUGUUGUGAAACUCAUAAUUAUUUGAAAGGGAAAUGCUUUGGUCUUUCUUUUGUAUAUCAGGGCUAGUUUAGGGAUUGAAAGGGCAUACUAUUGGUGCGUACAAAAUUUGCUCGUCAUGCUUCAUGGGAGAUUGCGUUUUUCAUUUUAGUCAGCAAAAUCUGUUUAGUAGAAAAUAAAUACUACAGAGGUAUCAUUGAUUUUUUUUAAUUUGAGAAGCCACUCGAGGAUGGGGAGGUUGUAGGAUUCGAAGUUGUGAGCAAUCUUUAUGCAGAUGAAAACAUCAUUGGUGUCGAAGUAGCAAGAAGGGUUUAUUGCCAUGGCCACAUUCUGUUAACCUUAAUGCAUAUUAUUUGGCUUUUUUUUUUGCAGCUUAUACUUAUUCCUGCCCUCUAUAGAUGUUUCAUAUAAACAUGGCAUCCCAGUUAUUACGCUGAUCAUAUGUGGUGUACAUUUAUAAAACAAAAAUUCUGGACGCACAUGCUUGAAGGCUUUAUUUUGGUUUUGGGAGAAAAUGUAGCGCGUUGGUCUCAUCCCUCUCUUUUCUAGUCAUUUUUUUUUUCGUGAGCGCCUGUCACUUAAAGUGUUACACCGUUGCAUUUGCAUGGCACUUAAAGUGUUAGGUCAACGUAUAGUCCUGCAUUGUGUAGUUAUUUAUGAUUUCUGUGUAAUCUACAUGAUUUAAGCGACUUAAGUUUACUUGCUUGUCUUUUCUCAAUAACAGACUCUAAUCUUCAGUAAAUAGCACGAAUAUCAUUUUGAUCUUAGCUUGCACUUCUGGAGUGUUGUGAUUAAAACGUUGUUCAUUUGGUUUGGAUUGUUUGACUGUUUAUUUGCCUUAGCGAUCGGUGUGUCAACUUUAUUUUUUCCCAUUCCGGUGACACAUCUAUGGGAAAAUUUUGAUUUUAUGUUUGACAUUCUUUCAUCGUUUUGAUUAUGCACGCCGCCGUCAGAAGAUCAGUGAUUAAUGCUACCAUUAUUUGUGGACUGGAAGCUUUAUUCUUUUAUUAUUCAAUGUCAAGGUGAAAUAUGUUUUUAGAACCACUACGGAACAAGUACUCUAGUGCUGAUGUUGCACUAAAGUCUGUCGGAAACAUAUCUUUGUUUUAUUGUACUUGCUCCUGAUCUUCAUGCUUAACGUGUCCUUGUGAUUGUGGUCAUUGUGGUGUCUAUUAUGACUUUCUAAUCUCUUUUGAGUUUUGUCCCCAUUCUUGCAUUCCCCUCAUUCUAUUUUUUAAUUUAACCAGAGGUCGGGAUAUGAAGUCUACCUUGUAGAAGCUCCAUACAAGGAUCCAACUGUAAGUUGUCUUCUUGAUUUUUAUUUUUUUUGGAGUAUCCAACUGACAUGUGCAUAAUAUCCGGUCAAAGUGUAUGUCCGACUGGCAUAUGCUUAUUUCUUGCUGGCGUGAAAAGUCAGUGCUAUGCACGCCAAUUUUAGUAGCGUCAUUUAGCUUUCACAUGUUCAUCUUCUACUUCUGAUGUGGAACGGCAGGGCUGCGCGGCUAGAAAUGUCCAUGGCUUCACUUUAGAUGACAUUAAAGGGAUGGCUGAAAGAUGGGAAGAAGCGCCACCUUUCUACUUGCAGCUAGACGUUCAGGUGCGUUUGAGUGACUAUCACCUGUAAUCGGAAUAAAAAUCGUAAACAUUAUGGACAAACAACAGAUGCUCUUACCUCCCAUGAAAAGUGAAUUUGUUUACGUACUAAUUAAUCCUUUUGACUUAUCAUGUUUACCUUGAUGAUUUGACAGUCAUUGUUUCGUGGAGAUGAUCUUAAUGAGAAUAAUAUUCAAGAGGUAAUCUUACGUUUCAUUUUGACAGAAUAUAUUUACAUCCAACAGUUGCAUUGUUUUGAGCAUGCUGGAGUUGGCAGUCGUCUUCAUAUUUUCUCGUUGCUAUUUUUUUUUUUUUUUUUUUUCAGUGUAUCCAUAAACACCUGUUAUGGCAAACUUGCAGCUUCCCAUUUUUUUUUCCUUCCAACAGUUCGACUAAUAUUUUCAUGGGAGGGUGAGUAUCUAACGUUUGUUCCUCCGAGAUAUCUUAAUAGAUGCGCCAUGGACAUCUGUUAUUGUUUCAGGGCAUAGUGUUUGAGUUAUAAAAAAUUGUUCUUUACUCUAAGUAAAUUUGCAAGAUUUUCUAUAGUUCUCUAAGCCUUGUUCUGUUUUCUUCCUCAUCGACUCUAGUUUAUUAAUAAGGGUUUUUGCCUGGGUUUUGUCACCUUCAUUUUUCUGUUGAAAGUCAUGUAAACCUUUUAUUAUGCUAUUAUUACUAUUCACUAUGGUUGCUUAUUUUCUCAAUAAUCUCCUUCUCCACACCCCCACAAAAAAAAAAAAAAAAAAAAAAAAGGUUGACAUGGAUAUGGAGGAUACACCUCACGAGGCAAGGGUUACCUUGGAGGCGCAAGAUGAAAAGUCUCCUUGGGUUGGAGAGCAGACGUUGACUGACAAUACGCGGAGAGGUACUUAUUAUCUAACCCAACCAUGAUUAUAGAUGUGCAGUCUACUGACGAUUGUUGCAUCAUGACUUGAUGAAGGUAACAGCUUCAGUGAUAAUCCGCUGACUGUGGCAUUCGACCAGCUUCAUCAUGUACCUAUAUGUCGCUGGGGGGGAAUGGGUUUUUCUUAAUUCCUUGUAAAAAAGAAAUCUUCCUGCACGAAUUGUUCUGGGUAUUUGUCUGCUAAAAAAAAUGGGGACGGGAAGCUCUAUGAAAAGCAUCCUCUAGACUUGGAUCCCUACCUAGAACAUCUUUUUUACCUGAUGAAAUCAUGAAUAAUGAAGAUUACCAGCUGCUCAAGUGAUAAUCGUUGACAUGUCCAUAUAUAGUACAUGAUUGUGGAUAUGCCAACAGUGAAACUCCCCUUGAAUGUGGAUAUGUUCCAAUCCUGAACUCACUUAAUCCACUCGUCUAGAAGCUGCAAACACUGGAGAGAGAUGGGUCACCGAGGGUGAAGACAUUGCAGAAACACGAGAGCUUGGGAAGAGUAAAUGGUCGGAGGAUCUUGACGAGGAUGUUGAGGAGACAGCUGGUGCUAUCCGGCGACCCAACGCGCUCUCUGGGUUGAUCCAAGCAUAUGCCAAGCGUGAGAAGUCUGUUCGCUGGGGAGAUCAGGUAUUUAGUUUGAUCUUCUUGCUAGCUAUCGCCUUGCCUUGGAGACUGUUUCCGACUGGCUUUGCUCCGGGAUUUGCCUCCUGACGAGCCGCUUUCCAGGCUGAGAAGAGGGGAUUCUCCAUAGGAGCGUCCAAGAACCGAGCCAGCUCCGCCCUAAUCAUCGGCCCUGGCUCGGGCUAUAAUCUGGUCAGCCUCGUCCCCUCCCCUUCCGAGCUUCUUUGUUCUCCCGGUGAUGUCGGCCCUUCUCUGAGAAACUGUACAUGUUUUGCCCGCAGAAAUCCAACCCCUCCUCGGCCGGGGAAGGGGGUUCCGGCGACGCGGCUGAGGGGAGCGCCGCCAACCCCUCGAGGAAGAAGUCUCUCUUCCUCGACCACAUCCGCGCCGAGCGGGAGUCCUUCAGGGCCGUCUUCGACCGGCGGCGACAGCGCAUCGGCGGGUUGAAUGAUGCAGAUGAUGACUAG